UGGAGAUGAUCUCAACCCUGAGCCUCUGAAAGGAUUUAAAUUGUUUUUUCUUCUUUGUUAUAACCAUAAAUAACAAAAACAGUUCGAGGAUGAGUCGACACCACAGGUGGUCCAUGUUGACCUUGCAGACCUGCAUCCUCCUGCUGCUGGGGGUCACACAGAUACAGUCUCAGUGGAAUGAGGAGAGCGGCGUUUCUUUGCUCCAGCUGAUCGGAGACCCUCCACCAGAUUCCAUCACCAAGACCUACGGGCCGAGGAGGGAGACGGCCUACGUCUUCACCUCGGGGGCAGUGUCGGGCCAGCCGGCUCUGGCCCAUGUCCCCAACCCUUUCCACCGCCACUUCUCCCUCCUCUUCCACAUCAAGCCCUCCACCCCCGCCGCCUCCGUGCUCUUCUCCAUCACCGACGGGAACCAGAGGCUCAUGUACGUCGGCGUCAAGCUCAGCGCGGUGAAGUCUGGCCGCCAGAGGGUGCAGUUCUUCUACACCGAGCCCGACUCCGAGGCUUCGUACGAGGCCGCGAGCUUUGAGGUGCCGAGCCUGGUGGACACCUGGAGCCGCUUCUCGCUGUCAGUCUAUGAGGAGCAGGUGACUUUCUACCAGGGAUGCGACUCUGAGCCACAGGUGGUGAAGUUCGAGCGCUCACCGGAUCCCAUGGAGCUCGACAGCGCGGCGGGGAUCUUUGUGGGUCAGGCGGGAGGAGCUGACACUGACAAGUUCCAGGGUGAAAUUGCAGAUCUGAAAGUGGUGGGAAACCAUCGGGCAGCGGAGCGAUUGUGUGACGACGAGGACGACUCUGACGCUGCCUCUGGAGACUUUGGCAGCGGUGAAGGCGACAGGAGGCAGACGGGACAGACCACAGCUCCUCCCUUGAGGCCGGUACCUGAACCCCCUCUGAUAUCCUCAGAUGGAACCAGACUUAAAGAAUCAGAUGUCAGGUAUCAGCGGCCGUCGGUGGACAACAGUCGGUCCGGAUCACAAGGCCAGAGAGGUCCCGGCGGAGCGAAAGGUGACAGAGGAGAGAAAGGUUCGAAGGGGGACACGGGCCUCGCAGGGCCGAAGGGAGAGUCGGGCUCCAGCUCUGGUUCCUCCGGUUCCUCCUCUCAGGGUGGAGAAGGAGGAGAGAAGGGAGAUAAAGGUGCAAAGGGUAAUUCUGGCUUCGGUUACUCUGGUAAUAAAGGAGAGCGUGGGGCUCAGGGGCCUCCCGGGCCCCCUGGUCCUCCCGGACCUGCAGCUGAGGUGGUCCGACUUGGGAAUGGUGCUGUUGUGCAGCAGGUGUCUGGAUCCCCGGGACCACCGGGACCACCGGGGUCACAAGGACCCUUGGGACCUGCAGGAGAUGAUGGAGAACCUGGUGAUCCAGGAGAAGAUGGAAAGUCUGGUCCCGCUGGAACACCAGGUUUUCCAGGAAGUCCAGGAACAUCUGGGGCUAAAGGCGAGAAGGGUGAGCUUGGAGAGGGUCAACCAGGACCCAGAGGCCCCCCGGGUCUACCAGGACCUCCUGGACCUGGGACCGGUGACCGCCCAACGUUUUUCGACAUGGAGGGCUCAGGAUUCCCAGAUUUGGACAAAAUCCAGGGUGGCCGUGGUCCUCCGGGCCCCCCAGGACCUCCUGGCCCUCCUGGGGUUUCAGUGGAACUGGGACCCAACGGUCCAGUCACUUUCGGACCCGCUGGACCACCUGGACAGGAUGGAAUCCCCGGUCUACCAGGUCCUCCUGGUCCUCCUGGUAGAAUAGGUCAACCAGGUCCUACAGGAGAGAAGGGUGACAGCGGUGACCUUGGUCUCCCAGGAGCAGCUGGAGAAAAGGGUUCUCAGGGUGACCUAGGACUGCCAGGUGCCUCAGGGCAGUCUGGGCUGGCAGGGCUUCCAGGUCCAAUGGGACCAGUGGGACCACCAGGACCCCCUGGGCCACCAGGGCCUCCGCACCGCUUUGGUCAGGGUAACCAUGAUGGAUAUGAGACCAACAAUGGCUUGCUUGGACUCAGUGGCCCACCUGGACCUCAGGGUCCAACUGGUAUCGCAGGUCUACCUGGUAGGCCAGGUCUGCCAGGUAACCAUGGAGACAAGGGAUCAGAGGGGCCAAGGGGAGCUCCUGGGAUUCCAGGUCUGGACGGGUUCACAGGACAGCCGGGUGAAAAGGGAGACGGAGGACUGAAAGGAGAGCCGGGUGUUCCAGGGCGAGAUAGUGUGCUACCUGGACCUCCAGGGCCUCCCGGUCCUCCAGGACAAGUCACCUACCAGACGAGCGAUUAUAAUGACGUUUAUUGGAGCGAAGGGUGGCAGGGAGGGAAUGGACUUCCAGGUCGAGCAGGAUUCCCGGGGCCCUCAGGACCAAAAGGAGACAAAGGAGACUCAGGUCCUCCAGGAUAUGCACCUAAAGGGGAGAAAGGAGAGCCGGGUCUAAUCAUUGGAGCUGACGGUAGACCUCAGUACAUCGGUGGGCUGGCAGGACGGCCGGGCGAUAGAGGACUUCCUGGCCCUGAGGGACCGCCAGGUCCUUCUGGUUCUUCAGGACAGAAGGGAGAGAUUGGGAUACCAGGUAGACCUGGUCGACCGGGGCUGAACGGCGCCAGAGGAGAGAAGGGAGACUCAGGAACUGGAUCUGGAUCUGGAUUUGGUUACCAUGGUCCUCCAGGUCCACCGGGCCCUCCUGGACCUCCAGGACCUUCUGGUCCCACAGACAGACUCAGAGGAUUUGAGGAUAACUCCAGGUCUUACCCAGCUGUUAAAGGAGAGAAAGGUGAUCAAGGACCACCGGGGAGAGUUGAAAUUACAGGUGCCGGAUCAACCUUUGACCUUUACACUUUGAGGAAUGAGUUGAAAGGUGAAUCAGGGAGUCCGGGUUUCAAAGGAGAGAAAGGAGAACCGGGUGGAGGAUAUUAUGACCGUCCUUAUGGAGCAGGCGGAGCCGGAGUCCCAGGAGCACCUGGACCUCCUGGCCCAAAAGGAGAAUCCACCGUUGGCCCACCAGGCCCUCAGGGGCCAUCAGGUCAACCAGGAAGAGGUUAUGAUGGCCAACCUGGACCACCAGGGCCGCCUGGACCUCCAGGAGCCUCCUUACCUGGAGUUCCCUGGGGCGCACAGACUAUCAAUAUUCCUGGACCACCUGGAGUCCCUGGACUACCUGGACGCUCAUCAGGGGUGACAAUUUUGAGGUCUUAUGACACCAUGACAGCCACCGCUAGAAGGCAGCCUGAGGGCUCUCUGGUCUACAUCAUAGAACAAACAGAUCUCUACUUACGGGUCCGAGAUGGAGUUCGUCAAGUCCAGCUUGGGAGCUACAUUGCUUUGCCCAGUGAGGAUGGUAAUGAGGUAGCAGCGGUGGAGCCCCCUCCAGUUGUCCCUUAUUCCCCAGACCACCACUCCAACACAGACCCGCAGAGGCAACCUGAGACUCCGGUCCACGGCGACUCUGGGCACCAGUCACACCCGGACCCCCGUCAGCCGGACCCUCGAUACCCGGCGAACCCUGACCCCAGAUACCCGGCGAACCCUGACCCCAGAUAUCCGGCGAACCCUGACCCCAGAUACCCGGCAAACCCUGACCCCAGAUACCCAACACACUCUGAUCCCCAAUACCCAACCCACUCUGAUCCCAGAUACCUACCUGACAGCCGGUACAAGGCGGAUCCGCGGUUCCCAGCUCCCACAGAUCCAAGGUUUCCGAGUUACACCGACCGGAUAAACCAACCAGACGGUAGGUCUUCUGUGAAUACGGCCCAGGAACGCCCUGCCUACCCGGACACUCGGUACGCAGUCACCCAGCGGAGACCACCUCCUCCUGUGCCCCAGACCCCAGUCCACCAUCAUACCUCAGGUCCAGGGCUCCACCUCAUCGCCCUGAACAGCCCUCAGACCGGCUCCAUGCGGGGCAUCCGCGGUGCAGACUACAUGUGCUUCACUCAGGCUCAGGCCAUCGGGAUGAAGGGGACGUUCAGGGCCUUCCUGUCCGCCAAACUCCAGGAUCUGCACAGCAUCGUCCGCAGGGCCGACAGGGACCGCAUGCCGAUAGUCAACCUGAAGGACGAGGUUCUGUUUGACAGCUGGGACGCCGUCUUCAAUGAUGGCAGGAUGAAGGACAACGUGCCGAUCUACUCCUUUGAUGGAAAAGACGUUCUUAAUGACAGCACAUGGCCAGAGAAGAUGCUGUGGCACGGGUCGACCGGCGCCGGGCAGGGCCACAUGGACAGCUUAUGCGAGAUGUGGCGCGUGGACAACCGGGCGGUAACCGGCAUGGCUUCGUCGCUGCAGAGCGGCAGUCUGCUGCAGCAGAGCGCCGGAAGCUGCUCCAGCUCCUACGUCGUGCUGUGCAUCGAGAACAGCUACACCAGCCACGCCAAGAGAUAGACACAACACACACACACACACACACACACACACACACACACACACACACACACACACACACACACACUAGACGAAGGAGUCAUGCUUUUGUCCACACAUACUUUUCUAUCUACUGUAAA